AUGGCAGAAGAUGAGCGUAAACAUGCAUUGAUCUCAGACUUAUUUGGGCACAUCAGCGAUUUGACGGCGCAGCUCGCCGAGGCCCAUAUGGACCUUCGAGACCGAAAGGAUAUGCUUGAGCUCAAACGCGCCAAACUUGAUCAAGCUGAGAAGCAGAUUGAAGAUUUACGACGCAAGACGGAUGAACAUGUUUUUAGUAUGGUUAUAAUCGAUGGCGACAAUAUGCCGUUUCAAGAUGAAUUUGUGAGAGAUGGCCUGCUGGGGGGCAAGAGGGUAGCUAGCCUCCUGAGGAAGGCGAUAGCCGAGGAUAUCAAGACAAGAUUUCCAUCCCUUCCUGCCAACGCGCAGGUGGUGAUUCGUGUAUAUGCGAAUUUGAAAGGGCUGUCCAAGAAAUAUAGAGAACUUCUGCCUGACUCGGCAUCGUUUGAAGAUUUUGUUCGAGGGUAUAACACAGUUCACCCCACCUGCGACUUUAUUGACGCUGGGUGUGGUAAAGAAUGCGCAGACGAGAAGAUCAAAGCGGCCCUCAAGUUUGGUCUCGGCGACAGCCAUUGCAAGCAGGUGUUUUUUGGAGGGCCGGGAGACAACGGAUACGCCCGCGUGUUCGACUCUUUCCUCGAAGAUCAGACGAUUCGAGGUCAAAUAACGCUCAUGUCAGGCCCCCCUUUCGCCUACGAGCUGGCAGCAAUCAAAGACAAGUUCCAGAAUGUGGCGUUCGACAACAUCUUUAGAGGCCAAAAGCUCCCCAAUGAGACGAACCGCAGGACCUCGUUCCACAUUACACCACCAGGAACACCGAUGCCUUCAAACGCUCCAUUGAGCUUUGCAGCUGCUGCCAAGGUGCCCACUAGCCCAGCACAUAGUGUUCCCGCUCAACUGUAUUGUCCGGAGCCGAAGCCGUCGCCCAAUGGAGUCAUAUUGCGGAACAGGCUGGGACAGAGGGUGGACUCGCGCCUUUCGUAUUCGCAGUCUGAUUUCUCCAGCUUGAAAGACCGUAAGCUCUGCAACAAUUUCCACCUCUUGGGCAAGUGUUUUUAUCUUGACAAGUAUGGGAAAUGCCACCACAUUCACGGGGAAAAAUUGACUGCUCAGCAGUUGGAAGCCUUGCGAGGCAUUGCCCGUCAGUCUCCAUGUUUGAACGGACUGAGCUGCAGCCAGACAGAUUGUGUGGCCGGACAUCGCUGUCCUAGGGAGCCUUGCCAUUUGGAGAAUUGCUGGUUCCCAAAGGAGAUGCACGGCGUUGACUCUCAGGUCAUUGACUGA